UUAAUAAACAUAAUUUUAAUUAUAACUGUAAUAACAGUUAGUUUCCACGUUAACAAAAAUAAACAGAAUAAUUCAAUUUGGACGUUACGAAUUGUCCGUUACGAAUUUGUAUAGUUACGGACUGUCGCCGUUACGAAGUGUCGCCGUUACGAACUGUCGCUGUUACGAAUUGUCCGUUACCAGUUGUCCGGUUACGAUCUGUCGCGUUACGAGAUGUCUGGUAACGCAGAUGGACGAUCUGAAGCGUGAUCAGUAACUGGAUGCAAACCGCAGAGGACAGAGACAGAUGGAAAGUGCUGAGGGAGACCUAUGUCCAGCAGUGGACGCAUACGGGUUGAUGAUGAUGUCAGCAUUGGUUAGUUAUGUUAGAAAGAUGGCCUAUUUUGGACACGUAGUAAGGGGAGACCGGUAUAACAUUCUUCAACUUAUUAUGAUGGGUAAAAUCGAAGGACGCAGAGGAAUUGGUAGAAAGCAGGCCUCUUGGUUGAAGAAUAUCCGGGAGUGGACAGGAAUAAAGAAAGCAGAACACCUAUUUAGAAUAGCUCGAGACAGAGACAGUUUCGCCAUGUUAAUCGCCAACGUCAAGGGGACUUGAUAGGGCACGUUAAGAAGAAGAAGUUAGUUAUGUAUGUAAACAGUAAAAAGUAUGAAGAAGUAUAUUGUGACCAAAGCAUAAGUUAAUUAAAAACCCGACGACUAAGGGUGCACCUACACCCGAUUUGGGCGUCGAAACGUUAAUAAAAUUAUUUUUUCAAUUUAAUUGUGCCUUAUUUCCCAUCUAAAUAGUUAAUCAUAAAAAUGUCACAAGGAAAUAGCUUCAGAACAACAUUAAGUUUAUUUUAAACAAUAUUGUGAUAA